UACCCUUUUACGAAGAUGGCGCCGAAAGCUAAGAAGGAAGCUCCUGCCCCUCCCAAAGCCAAAGCCAAAGCAAAGGCUUUGAAAGCCAAGAAAGCGGUGCUGAAAGGCGUCCACAGUCACAAAAAAAAGAAGAUCCGCACAUCACCUACCUUCCGACGACCCAAGACUCUGCGUCUCCGAAGGCAACCCAAAUAUCCUCGAAAGAGCGCCCCCAGGAGAAACAAGCUUGACCACUAUGCCAUCAUCAAGUUCCCCCUGACUACUGAGUCAGCCAUGAAGAAAAUAGAAGACAACAACACACUUGUGUUCAUUGUGGAUGUCAAGGCCAACAAGCACCAGAUCAAACAGGCUGUGAAGAAGCUCUGUGACAUUGAUGUAGCCAAGGUCAACACCUUAAUCAGGCCUGAUGGAGAGAAGAAGGCAUACGUUCGGCUGGCCCCUGACUAUGAUGCUUUGGAUGUUGCCAACAAAAUUGGGAUCAUCUAA